GGACAUCCGAUCCGUUUCGUUCUGGGAACUGUCGACUUCUCCAAUGGGCUCAUUCUUCCCCUCAUUCAGGGUCGAUGUUGUGCUCCGUAGCUGAGCGCUGAAUUGGAGAUCCAUGAGGGCAAGAGGCAGGGUACCAGGUAUAAAUAUGGCAUGUAUUCCUUGAACAGCCACCACCACCACCACCACCACCACCACAACCACAACAUCUCCAGUCAAGCAGCUCAACAGCCAAGCAGUUCCGCAGUCAAAGCACUUCUCGGUUACAAGAAAACCAAAAUGGCACCAGUCGCAUUCAACUAUCACGCCCAAGCGCAAAAAACAUACAAACCCCCCCUCAUCGCCAACGAGAAUGCCUACCUAGGAGAUGUCUUCUCAAGUGAAAAACUAUCCCCCGAGAAACCAAUCUCAGCCGGCUUCUACCGUCUCGAGAAAGGGACGCCCCUCGUCUACACGUACACCUACGACGAGAUGAAGAUCAUCCUAGAAGGCGAAUACGAGAUCUCCGAUGAGACCGGGCAGAAGGUUCAGGCGAAGCCGGGUGAUGUGUUCUUCUUUCCCAAGGGGGCUACUAUUACCUUUACGACUGAGUCGUAUGGGUUGGCAUUUUACACUGGACAACGCAAGGAGGGUGCUGCUUAG